AUGUCCUCCGCCAGGCUGGACUCCGCCCCGAGCGCCGGGCGCUCCUCGUCUCGGCUCCCCCUGCUGCUGCGCUUGACCGUCCUGGUCGCUCUGUUGGCCGUCGCCGUCGGGGUAUCUCUACUGCCCGCUGUCCAGGGCCGAUCCUCGGUUUCCCUUCCCGACAGCCCGAGUGCCUCGCGUGUCUUGAAUGUGUCAGAUGACAGCGGCUCCAUUCCCCCGGAGGGCAGCGGCUCUGUUCCUCCGGAGGGCAGCGGCUCCAUUCCCCCAGAGGGCAGCGGCUCUACCCCGCCGGAGGGCAGUGGCUCUACCCCGCCGGAGGGCAGCGGCUCUACCCCGCCGGAGGGUAGCGGCUCCAGCAGCCCCGGGGAUGGAUCCGGUAGCUCAAGCAGCUCGGACCCCGAGCCCCCUGCCCCGGCGCCGGUGAUCCUGGAUUUCUCGCCAAAGUCCGGCCCUCAGCAUGGUGGGACUUUGCUCACCGUGACCGGGAUCAACCUGGAUGUUGUUUCUUCGGUGACCAUCGCCGGCAACUUUUGCUCCAAUGUGCGAUUCUCGGAUGGCCAGCCGGAGAAGAUUACCUGCAUGACGGGCCCGGCGCCCCAGAACACUGUGGCCCCGGUGCGGCUGCUCUUCAGCGAGGACGAGCACCUGGACUCGGUCGACGACUUCACCUACCACAAUGCCCCCCAAGUCACCUCCAUCACUCCCACGCUCGGGCCCAAGACCGGCGACACGGUGGUCACCCUGAAGGCCUAUCUUCCCGCCGACGAUCCUGUUGUCGCCGUGCGCUUUGAUAACUACCCUUGCGAGUAUCUCAAGGUCUCGACGUCCGAGAUCGAGUGCAUCACCCCCCGAGUCCUCAAUGCCGGCCAGCUGCGGGUGUACAUCGUCACCGAGAAGGGCGGCUCCAGCAGCGAACCCAUCAUGUUUACCUUCCUCGAGCCCCCGGUGGUUAGCUCGAUCUCCCCCUCUUCGGGCCCCAUGUCUGGCGGCACUCGCGUUAAUAUCGUCGGAGAACACUUCGGCUCUACCACCGACGACAUUGAGAGCAUCACACUGGCCGAUGUCCCUUGCAAGAGCAUCACCCUGCGCAACUCCACCCAUCUGAGCUGCACCUCGGGUGCCUCCUCGAACUCCAUCCGUGGGAAUGUGAUCGUCACCAACGUUCACUCCGGCCCCGGCGGGUCGAAGAGCGUCCAGUUCACCUACAACCUUGGCCCGCUUCAGGGCGGCACGACGGUCACCAUCUCCGGCCAUCUGCUUGGUGACUCGCUGGAUGACAUCCUGCUGGUUACCCUGGCUGGACUCCCCUGUCUCAAUGUGCAGAUUGCCAACAACGGCGAUAUCACCUGCACGUCCAGCCCCUCGGCCGAGCCGCUGAGCGGCCCGGUCAUCGUGACCACUCGCAGUGGCGGCGCCUCCGAUGGCGAGGCCGUCUUCACCUAUAACCUGCCUCCGCACGUCCGAUCGGUCACGCCCGAUAGCGGGCCGCAGACCGGCAACACGCAGAUCCUAAUCGUGGGCGAGUCGCUUGGCCAGAAUCGUGCCGACGUCCUCGAUGUCACGGUGGGCGGCAUUAGCUGCUUCCAGUCUCUGGAGUAUGUCAGCCCGUCGCAGUUGAAGUGCUUCACCCCGGCCAACGGCGUGUCCGGCCCGGUGGUGGUCACAACGGCCUCCGGCGGCAGUGGCAAGGACCUGGACAACGCCAUCUUCACGUACAUGAUGGCUCCUCGCGUUUUGGGCUUCGAUCCGGCCGAGGGCCUCGUUUCGGGAUUCACCCUGGUCCAAAUUCGCGGCGACUUCCUGGGCACAUCGCGCGAUGACAUCGCCGAUGUCAUUGUUGCCGGCCAUUCGUGCCUCUAUUCCUUGACUUUCAUCAGCUCAAACCACAUCACCUGCGUCACGCCGACGGCCUUCGGCAGCUCCCACGGCCCGGUCACCGUGAUUACCUAUUCGGGCGGCAUCGACUGUCGCGUGGGGAUUGUCAGCUGCGCGGCUUUCAUCGGCAUCAUGCUGCUGGUGGUGCUGCUGGUGGUGAUCGGCAUUGCCACCUACGUGCUGAUUUACUACGUCAAUCGCGAUGAUGAGCUGAAGAAGCAACUGAAGAAUCUCCGCCGGGAUGUGGCCAUGCAGCUGUGGCCGGACUCGGCCCCGGCCCCGGCCUCCCAUGAGACCGGCGAGACCGCUCCCCUCCUGAGCCAAUACCCCGAGGGGAUGGACGGUUUCACUUCCUUCGAGUAG